AUGGACGACGUUGACAGUUACGAUCUAACCGAUCAGCCGAUCGAUGAUGAUGAAAUUGAGACAGAUCUAUGGCAAGAAGCCUGUUGGGUGGUUAUCAAUGCUUAUUUUAAUGAAAAAGGUUUAGUCCGUCAGCAGUUAGACUCUUUCGAUGAAUUUAUCCAGAUGUCAGUGCAAAGGAUUGUGGAAGAUUCACCACAGAUCGAUAUACAAGGAGAGACCCAACAUCAUUCUUCGGAGGAACAACAAUCGGUUCGAUAUCAGCUGAAAUUUGAUCAGAUUUAUUUAUCUAAACCAACUUUUUGGGAGAAAGAUGGCUCACCAACACCUAUGAUGUCAAACCAAGCGCGUUUAAGGAACUUAACGUACUCAGCACCUCUAUACGUAGAUAUCACAAAAACUAUAACCAAAGGAAAUAAUGAACCUGAAGUAAAGUGCCACCCAAAGACGUUUAUUGGCAAAAUCCCCAUCAUGUUACGAUCAACUUAUUGUUUAUUACACAACAUGGCUGAUCAUGCCUUAACUGAGUUAAAUGAAUGUCCUUUGGAUGUCGGUGGUUAUUUUAUCAUUAAUGGUUCUGAAAAAGUACUCAUAGCACAGGAGAAAAUGGCUUCAAAUACCGUCUAUGUAUUUCAAAAGAAAGAAUCAAAGUACGCGUAUGUAGCGGAAAUUAGGUCUGUAACUGAAAAUUCUUCUCGUCCAACGAGUACAUUGUGGGUCAGUAUGUUAGCACGUGGUGGCGGCACAUCGAAAAAAAGCGUAAUCGGUCAAAAGAUUGUCGCUGCGAUCCCGUAUGUAAAUCAAGAAAUACCGAUCAUGGUUGUCUUUCGUGCACUUGGAUUUGUCGCCGAUCGAGAUAUCCUAGAACAUAUCAUUUAUGAUUUUGAUGACCCAGAAUUGAUGGAAAUGGUCAAGCCUUCACUUGAUGAAGCUUUCGUUAUUCAGGAGCAAAAUGUCGCAUUAAAUUAUAUUGGAUCUCGAGGCUCUCGUUCUGGUGUAACUAAAGAAAAGCGUAUCAAAUAUGCACGAGAAAUAUUACAAAAAGAAAUGUUGCCACAUGUUGGUAUCAGUGAUUAUUGUGAAACAAAGAAAGCAUAUUUUCUAGGGUACAUGGUCCAUCGUUUAUUACUGACAGCUCUAGGGAGACGUGAAGUGGAUGAUCGAGAUCAUUACGGUAACAAGAGAUUAUUCCGUAAUCUACUCAAAGAAGUCAAGAUGUAUGCACAAAAGUUUGUUGAUAAUGGGCGAGACUUCAACUUGGAACUUGCUAUCAAAACAAAGAUUAUUACCGAUGGUUUACGAUACUCACUCGCUACUGGAAACUGGGGUGAUCAAAAGAAAGCUCAUCAGUCAAGAGCCGGUGUUUCACAAGUAUUGAACCGUUUAACCUUUGUCUCAACGCUAUCUCACUUACGACGUUUAAACUCCCCAAUUGGCCGUGAUGGUAAAUUAGCUCGCCCUCGACAAUUGCACAAUACUCACUGGGGGAUGAUCUGUCCAGCUGAAACACCAGAGGGUCAAGCAGUUGGACUUGUUAAAAAUUUAGCCUUAAUGGCAUAUAUUUCCGUUGGUUCUCAGCCUAGCCCCAUCUUAGAAUUUUUAGAAGAAUGGUCUAUGGAAAAUCUGGAAGAAGUAUCUCAUUCAGCUCUAGCUUCAGCCACGAAGAUCUUUGUGAAUGGAUGUUGGGUCGGUAUUCACCGGGAUCCAGAACAGCUAAUGUCAACUUUAAGAAAAUUACGUCGUCAAAUGGAUGUAAUUGUUUCGGAGGUAUCUAUGGUUCGAGAUAUUAGAGAUAGAGAAAUCCGUAUUUAUACAGAUGCUGGACGAAUCUGUCGCCCACUACUGAUUGUGGAAAAUCAAAAAUUAGUUUUAAAGAAAAAUCAUAUAGAGUCCAUGAAAACAGCCGAUGAUUACGAAGUGUUUGGAUGGCAAGAUUUAAUUGCAAACGGUAUUGUUGAAUAUGUCGAUACCCUGGAAGAAGAAACGGUUAUGAUAGCCAUGACACCGGACUACUUAACAGCUGGAGUUAAUUACUGCCGUACUUAUACGCACUGUGAAAUUCAUCCAUCUAUGAUAUUAGGUGUCUGUGCCUCGAUUAUUCCUUUUCCAGAUCAUAACCAGUCACCGCGAAAUACGUACCAAUCAGCUAUGGGUAAGCAAGCUAUGGGGGUAUACACAACAAAUUUUCAUGUCCGCAUGGAUACAUUGGCUCACGUAUUGUAUUAUCCGCAAAAGCCACUUGUUACAACUCGUUCUAUGGAAUACUUAAGGUUUCGGGAGUUACCAGCAGGUAUUAAUACAAUUGUCGCCAUCGCUUCUUAUACUGGAUACAAUCAAGAGGAUUCCAUUAUCAUGAAUAGGGGAGCUAUUGAUCGUGGUCUAUUUCGAUCUGUAUUUUAUCGAUCAUAUCGUGACCAAGAAUCCAGUGGUGAUUUUAAUUCUGAAGAAAUAUUUGAAAAACCUUCUAAAGAAACCUGUUCAGGAAUGCAUAAUGCAAUGUAUGAUAAAUUGGAUGACGAUGGACUGGUUGCUCCUGGAACUCGUGUUAGUGGUGGCGACAUUGUUAUUGGAAAAACUGCUUUAUUACCUGAAGAUGCAGAUGCGCUAGGAGAUACUAAUAAACGGUUCGUAAAGAGGGAUGCUAGUACAGGGUUGCGUUCGAGUGAAAGUGGAAUCGUUGAUCAAGUUUUAUUAACUGUUAGCCAAGAAGGGUAUAAAUUCACCAAAGUUCGAGUUCGAUCUGUUAGAAUACCACAGAUAGGUGACAAAUUCGCUAGCCGUCAUGGACAAAAAGGAACGUGUGGUAUUACUUAUCGUCAAGAGGAUAUGCCAUUCACAUGUGAAGGAAUUACGCCAGACAUUAUUAUUAAUCCUCAUGCUAUUCCAAGUCGUAUGACAAUCGGUCAUUUGAUCGAAUGUCUACAAGGAAAGGUUUCAGCAAAUAAGGGUGAAAUUGGUGAUGCUACCCCUUUUAACGACACCCUAACCGUACAGAAAAUUUCUAGUUUGUUGUCUGAUUAUGGCUACCAUUUAAGGGGCAACGAGGUGUUGUAUAAUGGUUUUACUGGUCGUAAAUUAAACACCCAAGUAUUUUUGGGUCCAACGUAUUACCAACGUCUUAAGCACAUGGUAGACGACAAAAUACACGCUCGAGCUCGAGGUCCCUUACAGAAUCUUACACGGCAGCCUAUGCAAGGCCGUGCUCGUGAUGGCGGUUUACGAUUUGGAGAGAUGGAAAGAGAUUGCCAAAUUUCACAUGGUGCUGCACAAUUUUUACGUGAACGUUUAUAUGACGCGUCAGAUCCAUACAUCGUACACAUGUGCAAUCUAUGCGGUUUGGUUGCUGUGGCAAAUUUAAGAAAUGAUACUUACGAAUGUAAAGGCUGCAGGAAUAAAACUAGGAUUUCUCAAGUUCGUAUUCCUUAUGCGUGUAAAUUGUUGUUUCAAGAGUUAAUGUCCAUGAGCCUUGCGCCAAGAAUAAUGAGUAGAUGUAGGAGCGAUAUUAGUAGUGGUAAACUUAUUACAACCAACCAAGGAAAAACUUGCUAUCGUAGAAAUCAUGCUGUGGUUCAUAAACCAACAAUCAAAUUUUAA